CUCAGUGAGUUACUGUCUGUGAACCCUGCAGGAAGCAUUCCCUGCUCGGUUCAAGAGCUGUCACAUGAUCCGGCAACCCUGGUACCUCUCUAUUCUCUACAAAAUAGCAAAGCCCUUCCUGAAACAGAAGUUCAAAGACAGAAUCCAUAUGCAUGGCUCUGACAUGGACUCAUUCCGCACUCACUUCCUCCACUCUCAGUUGCCAGCAGACUUUGGAGGUCCAUUUCCUCCACUCUCCUCUCUCUCUCUCUUACAGCUCCUGGCACCUCCGGAGACCUAGCCCUCUUUUUUUUUCUUUUUUUAUUGUUUGAGAAAUCAGUUUUAUGGAGACGUGUCAUAUAGGUAUAUACGUGUGCAUGCCGCGCCGACGGGGCGGGAUACGUCUGUCGCACAUGCGCGCCCGCCAUUCCGCGCCGCGUGGCAAAAGGGGAGGGGAGAGAUAGGAAGGGCCUAGGGGAGACCAGGCAUUGCUAGAGAGGGUGGUCAGCUCCAAUGGCCGACGGAGAUCUGGAGGGAGAGUUUACGAAAAGAGCCCCGUCUACUUGGAGCAAACUCAACGCUAGGUACCAGAAGUUACUGGAUGACCUGGUGCCGCACUCCACGUUCCGCUGGCUGGCCACAGUGCUCAUUGUGGUGUGCUAUGCUCUGAGAGUUGUUUGGCUCGGAGGAUGGUACAUUGUGUCAUACGCUCUGGCCAUUUACCUUCUCAACUUGUUCAUUGCUUUCCUGACUCCGAGAUUCGACCCAGCUCAGAGGGAAGAAGAUGACAUUGCGGAUGGUCCUGGGCUCCCAACUAGUUCAAACCAAGAGUUCAAGCCAUUUGUGAGAAGACUACCUGAGUUCAAGUUCUGGUACUCGGGGACUCGUGCAGUGGUGAUAGCUUUUGUAUUGACUUUCUUCUCCAUCUUCAACAUUCCUGUAUUCUGGCCUAUCCUUGUACUCUACUUUAUCAUUCUCUUCAGCAUCACUAUGAAGAGGCAGAUAAUGCACAUGGUUCGCUACAGGUACCUGCCGUUCUCCUAUGGCAAGAGACAAUACAAGGGAAAGGAAACUGCUGCAUCCUAGUAUUGAUAUUUCUUGCCUUAGUAUAUACCGUACCUAAGAAUUUCUUCACAAUUCGUAAGUGUCAUGCGCAUGCGCACGCAACGCGCAGAUAGUAUUAAUAAUGGCUGCCACCGGUGGGUCAACGAAGGAGGCCAAACCUACAUUAGGAGGAACCAAGUUUAAGACGAGAAAGAGGGACGAGAAAGUGAAGCUAGAUGUGACGUCGUUCUCCGAGCAGCUGAUUGCUGGACUGCGUGAGAGCGGCGGGAACCUGGACGAAGUGAGACGGUUCCUGGACAACGCGGGAGGGCAGUUGGACUAUAGGAGGUACGGGGAACCGCUACUGGACAUUCUGGUUGCCGGAGGGGUGCUGGCGCCUGGAGGAGGGAAGGUGGAGGGAACCGCCAUAUCUCCCGUGUCGGUGUUCCAAUGCGAGCCAAAGGUGGAGGCCAUUCGUGGCCACCUUGUGGUGAUGACUAGAGUCCUGCAGCGGUACAAGUACCUCAAGAAAGGGCUGGAGGAUGAGAUGAAGAAAAUACUAAAGUUUCUAAAGGGCUUCCAGGACUCGGAGCGUCGUUCACUGGCCAUAUAUACUGGUCUCCUUCUGUCGGAAGUGCUGGUCCCAGCAUCGAUCCUCACCAGCCUUCUUAGUGAAGUACUGGUGAAAGAGGGAAUGAGUCUCCAGUUUGUAACGUUGGUCUUCCAGACGUGGCUGUCUGAGAAGAACAUAGGCCACGUAGGCAGUGCUCUGAGGAAGGCCCAGCUAGAAGCCAGACUGACUGACUUUUUGCCAGCUAGUCAGCAGUCAGCUCUUCUGUUUGACGAGCAUUUCUCAGGUGCAGGGCUGGAAGUCCUGGUCAAGUACAGGAGGGCCCAGGAGAGUGCAGAGAAGAGGAGAGCUCUAAAGAAGGAGCUGGAGGAGCUGCUGGACGCGGACUCUUCGUCUGAGGAGAUCAUUGACCGUUGUCAGCAGCACAUGGAUACGGCCCAACUGACUGACGUGGAUGUCACUGUGUUGGUAAGUGGUUUGCAGGUCAACUGUGUCAUUGGCCAACAGUGUGUGUAUGUGUGCGUGCAUGCUGUGUGUGUGUGUGUGUGCAGCUGUGGAGAUGUAUUAUGGACAGUGUGGAGUGGAACAAGAAGGAUGAGCUCGCAGCAGAGCAAGCACUUAAACAUCUUAUGGACUACACACCUGUGUUCCUGCCUUUCUGUGUUAGAGGAACACCGCAACUGACUCUGCUUAUCAAGAUGCAGGAGUUUUGCUAUGACAACAUGAACUUUCUCAAGGUGUUCCACAAAAUUGUUCUUCUCUUUUAUAAAAAUGACGUGCUAACAGAGCAGGCCAUCCGCAAGUGGUUUGACGAGGCACAUGUGGCCAAAGGAAAGUCCGUGUUUCUUGGUCAAAUGAAGCCGAUGCUUGAGUGGCUGGACACUGCAGAAGAGGAAGACGACAAUGAACAUUAGUGUUAAUAUUCUUGUUAAUCAGGUUAUAACGCCCUUUAUCUGUGCUCUUGAUGUGUGCUCUAACCAAGAAGUGGGUCUAGAAUUGGCAUGUUUGGACAACAGGGAAUCAUGUUGCUACAUAGUUUCCUAGAGUAUUCGUUCACUUAAAAAUGUUUCUGUUGUGGUGACUAACUAGAGAAAGACAUUGAAUUUGACUAACUCCAAAGUCUUGACUUAGUGACUCUGCCUCUAGUGACUCAG